AUGUCAAGAGAAGAUCCCUUGAAAGCUGAGAAAGACUACUCAGCAACCUUGGACGAGCAGUUUCCGUUGAUUGAGAAAUUGACAGACUACAAGGCAGCCGUCGAAAAAUACUUGGUAUUGGAAAAGCAAACCAGACAGUCGUCAGAUGUGGCUUCUUCCAAGCGGGUUUUGGUGAAGAUUGUCGACACUUUGGCACAGAAUCGUGACUGGGAGUACUUGAAUGAGUUGAUCACUUUGUUGUCCAAAAAACAUGGUCAGCUUAAGUCGUCAAUCCAGCAGUUUCUUCAGUCCACCAUAGACAAGUUGGAGUUACUUUCUGACGAUGAUAAGUCUGAGUUGGAAACAAAGGUGAAACUCAUCGAAACCAUCCGUACUGUGUCUGACAAAAAGAUCUUUGUGGAGUUGGAGCGUGCCAUUGUGUCUCGUAAGUUGUCAGAAAUAUACUUGGAAAAGUAUGAUAAUUUGGACAAGGCAACAGAAAUCUUGUGUGAUUUGCAAGUGGAAACUUACUCGUUGAUGACAUUUUCAACAAAGAUAGAUUACAUCUUGGAACAGAUCAGAUUGACGUUGAAAAAGGGUGAUUAUGGCCAGGCCCGUAUCUUGAGUCGUAAGAUUCUUCUCAAAUCGUUGAAAAAUUUUGAAAAAGCCGAUUUAUACAAAGCCACCUACUUGAAAGACUUGAACAAAAUUGGGUACCAUGAGAACGAUUUCAUUGAUAUUGUCAAAAACUCGCUCUUGUUGAUUGAAAUCCCAUUGAUAAAGGAGGAUAAACCUCAGUUGGACAAUUUGUUGGUUACAAUCAUUUACUGCAUUGUUUUGGCACCUUACGAUAACUACCAGCUGGACUUGAUAAAUAAAAUCAAAGCAAACUCUGUGUUCCGCAAGAAUGUUGAUGCCAAAAUCUAUGACUUGUUGGAGGUGUUCACCACUAAUGAAUUGAUCCAUUGGCCCAAAAUUGAGGCCACCUACAAAGAAGAAUACUUCAGCAAAAACUGUAUGUUUCGCAAAGAAUCCAACUAUAAGAACUUGCAGAACAGAAUUGUCGAGCACAACUUGCGAGUAAUCAACAAAUACUACCUGAUUAUUAGGCUUGACCGAUUAGCCUACUUGCUUCAAUUAUCGAAUACAGAACUGGAGUCUUACAUUUCAGAGUUGGUGAGCAAGGGAAUGAUCUCAGCUAAGAUAAAUCGCCCCGAAGGCAUCGUCAAGUUUGAUAAGGUUGGCAAAUCGGAGAGUCCUGAUAAUAUCAACAGCUUGUUAAACGACUGGUGUUACGACGUGGACAAGUUGUUGGAAGAGAUUGAUAGCAUUGGGCAUUUGAUCAACAAGGAAGAGUUGAUGCACGGAAUUAAGCAGAAGGUAUAG